ACUUUUUCUUUUUUUAGCUUUUGGUGUUUUUAAAUCAGCUGAUCGUGUCCCUUUAAUAUUCUACUAACAUGACAGCACUUGCUGUGAGCAACUCGCUCUGUGACUGGGAUCUGUACUGAUUAACCUCUUCUUUGCCAGGCAAUUGCAUUGACAGUAGUUGGAUCCACCCCAGUCAAUGGACUCCAUCUGCUCCCUCCAACUUAGAAGUUGUUCUUGUGGUAGAAGCGAAUGAGUCGGGGGACCCCGUGCCAGUGUUCAGAAUCAGCUGGACAGUGGCCCCUUAUGUGGCAGUUUGUCUGCAGCAACUUUAAGGUUGAUCCUGAGCAAAUGUAUGAUGUGACUGUCCAGCACCUGCCCAGGCUGGUUAAUCUUAUUAACAGUAAAGAGAUGUCUAUCAUUGUACAAGGGUGCAGAGACAAAAGGAUGAGUAAAAUGAAGACUUGUUGCCAGCAUGGUAUGUUCUUCAGUUCUCUGUCUACCUUGAAAGUGAGAAAUCCAGUGGGGCCAGUUACUUAACCAUUAGCUCAGUGGUGGGGGGGUCAAGCCUGUUAGUAGUAAAGAAGAUGUGUGCGUGUCUAUGUAGAUUUUGAUCUACCAGUAGACUGCAAGCUGGUAAGUAGAUCACAGCUUAAGAGCACUGUCAGCCCUUUCUGGUACUUUACAUUAUUAUUUGGCUGGAUGAUCCAUCUGUAUCACUCCAUCUGUAUGUGGAGAUAGGAAGGUGAUUAAUGGAUUUGGUCUGAGCCUUAGCAUUGCUCAGGCCUCUAUGGAUUCUGCUGGGGCAGAGCAAGACAUUUUAAAGUCAGCGGAUUAAUGUUAUGGCUCAAGUGAUGUUGGAUUUACACACCCAAGUUCAGCAUUUACAAGGACAAAUAGCCCAAUGGACACCUGCUUCAUUUAUUGCCGAAGCCCCUGUUCCUAAGAUGCCCUUACCUGAGAAAUUUACAGGAGACAGAAAGUGUUUUAGGAAUUUUAGAAACCAAUGCAAAUCUUUUUUUAUUUGCAGCCUCUCAUAAUUUCCUAAUGACUCCCUCAAAGUGGUGUUUUAUGUUAACUCUUCUGCAAAGGGAAGCUAAAGCUUGAGCCUCCCCAAUUAUUGAGCAUAAUAGCCCCUUGCUUACUGAUUAUGAGGGCUUUUAGCCGCUAUAGCAAUUAUUUUUGAUGAUCCCGACAGCAUUGCCACAGCGGAGCUCAUUCUCCUGAAUCUUUCCCAAGGCCGCCUUUCUGUCAUUGAAUAUGCCGCAAAAUUUAGGAAAUGGGUAGCAGAUAUUAAAUGGAUUCCUGCUGCACAAAGGUUUCAUUUUAGCAGGGGUAGUAACUCCAGAAGACCAUGCUGAAUUCAUCAAGUUAUGUCUGACUGAUCUACGUCUUUCAGAAAGGCAACAAGAAAAGAAGAGGAGUAAAUCUUUGGCUCUGAAAUCUAAACACUUAAGCCUCACUAUUUUCUUGCAGACUAAGGCACGCAAGAUUUAGUGUCAAGCAUUAAUACACUCCAUCUCAAGCAGGACUGUCUCUAACCACCAAACCCUAUCCUAUUUUUAUAGAAGGGGUGGAUAGCACCCCGUUGCAUUCUGGUCCUGUUUUCUCUGAAGCCAGGGAUGUUAUUUAUGUUUUAAAUAAAGAACAUUCAGAAAAAGUAAGCUUUGAUGUCCUCCCAACUCUUUCCCCUGAUUUUAUCUUACGGUUCCCUUGGUUAAG